GAACAAGCCAUGCAUUCCAUCCAUCACCAUGCCAUGCCAAGCACCUAAAUAAAUACACGAGUACGCAUCAUGCCAACCUUCCCAACACAUCUCAUCUCUCCCGGCCGCAGUUCACAACCACCAUCAACCAAGCAAUCCAUCCAUCCAUCACAACGUCCACCACGUUUCCCUGCCUACGCUUCCUCAUGGCGGCCGCCACCAACACCAAGCAGAAGCAGCAGCAGCAGCCUCCGCCUCCGGCGGGAGGACAGCCGGUGGUCGUGGACCCCAAGUUCGAGUGGGCGGAGAAGGCUGGGGGCUACGUGCUGCGCAUCACCCUCCAAGGGUUCAAGAAGGGUGACUUUCGGGUGCAGGUGGACGGCGCCGGCAGGCUCACCGUGAGCGGGGCGAGGCCGGGCACCACCCCCGGAUCCCUGCACAAGGUCUUCCAGCUUCCCUCCACCGCCAGCCUCGACGACAUCGCCGGCCGCUUCGAGGCUGGCGUGCUCACGCUCACCGUGCCCAAGCGCGCGUACUCUGGUGUCCCGGCGCCGACAAGCGUCGAGGAGAUUAAGAGGGAUAAACCUGGUGUGGUCAAGGAUGACGGUGCCCCCUCCACCCCCGUCGUCACGCCGCCGGCAAACAAAGACGUCGCCGGCGAGGAAAAGAAGGCGGCCGGCGGCAUGAAGUCCAAGGAAGAGAUCGGCAAGGAGGAGGAUGUGUCCAAGAAGGCCAUGGACGAGGCCGCGAUGAAGGCUCAACAGCAGAAGCAACCGGAAGAAGCCAGCAAACAGAAGGAAGAGCAGCAAAAGCUAGCACCAGAACCAGAGGCGAAGAAGGAGCAAGAAGUGAAGCCUAAGGCUCCCCAGGCGGCAGCUCCGGCGGCACCCGAGAAGCCGGCGCAGAAGCCGGAGGUUUUCAAUGGCGAGAAGGCGAAAGCGGUGGUCGACCAGGAGAGCCUGGCGGCGGUAGUGCGACGGCGCAGCGAGGAAGAGAAAGCUAAGGCUGCGGCCGCUGCGAUGGAAGCCAAGGCGGUGCUGGAGAAGAAGGCCACGGCGUGCGGCGGCUGGAAAGAGCGCGUGGCAGGGGGGCUGGAGCAGCUGACGGACAUGAAAUGGGCGGACAAUGUGGUGGAGAAGGCAAGGAACAACAAGGAGGUGAUCGCCAUCGCCAUCGCUGCUUUCUCGGUCGGCUUCUUCGUCUCCCAGAAGCUAUUCAGGAAGUGAGCAGCAAUACAUAUGAACAAACAUGUCACGUACACGAACAAGUGGGUAAAUGUGUACUGAAGUAAAGUUAUUUGUGUGAUUAAAGUGUACAUUUACAGCCGAAAAAACAUGUGAAGUUAUUUGUGUAAGCAAAGUAUGUACAUUGGCGCAACAAUCAUAUCUGGCUACAACCGAA